ACCAACCGCAGUUCACCGCAGUUCACCGCAGUGGCUAGUGGCUGCCACUCGAGACUUCAGAGCAGUGCCGAGACCGAGUCGACUCGAGUCACACACGCGAUUUGUGCGGGUCGCUUUCGCGCUUGAAAUUUGAAUGCGAUCUCGACGCUAGUCAACAGCGCGUAUGCGUGUACGCGUAAGGAAUUUCACUUUCUCACGGUGCUUUAGACGAGAAUCGAAAGAGACGGGGUGUAAUUGUAGACGAUAGGGAUUAAAGGUACGAAAAGCGUCGUCGUCGUCUUCGUUGCGUCGUUGCGCCGCACUCAGGUCGUUGCACUUCCGACCGCGUGCUCUACGUGCUCUAUGUACUCCGCGACCUUUGCACCUCGUCUAUUUCUCGGCGCGAACCCGAGCGAUGUCCGAUCGUAACGGGGAGUAUGGUGAAGAAGGCGGGAUUGGCGGGAAGCCUUCGCGAAGCGAAUAUCGUCUUUUCGGCGGGAAGACGGAAAGAGGCAAGUGAAGGCGCGGCAACUCGCGACCGGGUGACCGGGUGACCGAGAAUGAUCUUCACCGGCAGAUCUGUAGACGGUCUCGACGAGGUGCGAGGCGGCAGUGGUGCGAAUGAUAUUCAGCAGGGCGGUGCCACCGGUGGACGCCGAGACAUAAGCGCCGUCGCUAUCGCUGCCGGAUGGUUCUCCAGUUUGCGGAGACCCGGCAAGAGGAAGAAGAACUGCCAGAAGCAAGCUAAGAGCGCCUGGGACCUCACCGUAUUAUCCACCACGCAAUUAAAAGAUGAAUUGGGCGAGGUUGUGGCAGAAAUGGAGGCGAUGGAGGGCGGCGGACUUACGGCCGACGAGACUAAACCGUCCAACAAAGCUAAGCAGAUGUCGAUCGGCCGGAAAAAGUUCAAUAUGGAUCCUAAGAAGGGUAUCGAGUACCUGAUAGAGCACAAUCUCUUAACACCGACGCCCGAGGACGUUGCUCAGUUUCUUUACAAGGGCGAGGGCCUUAAUAAAACUGCGAUCGGUGACUAUCUCGGUGAACGACAUGACUUCAAUGAACGCGUGCUGCGAGCUUUCGUUGAGUUGCACGACUUUACCGAUCUCAUAUUGGUACAAGCCCUACGUCAAUUUCUCUGGUCGUUCCGACUGCCCGGCGAAGCACAAAAAAUCGAUCGCAUGAUGGAGUGUUUCGCUCAAAGGUACUGCCAGCUAAACCCAAAUAUCUUCACCAAUACGGAUACUUGCUACGUGCUGAGCUUCGCCAUCAUCAUGUUGAAUACUUCAUUGCAUAAUCCAAGCGUUAAAGAUAAGCCCAGCGUAGAUCAAUUUAUUUCGAUGAAUCGAGGAAUUAACAACGGUGGUGAUUUGCCGCGGGAACUGCUUGUGAGUUUAUACGAGAGUAUAAAAACUGAGCCUUUCAAAAUACCAGAAGACGAUGGCAACGAUUUGAUGCACACCUUCUUCAAUCCUGAUAAAGAAGGCUGGUUGUGGAAACAAGCAGGCGGACGUUACAAGAGUUGGAAGAGGCGAUGGUUCAUAUUGAACGAUAAUUGUUUAUACUAUUUCGAGUAUACAACAGACAAGGAACCACGCGGUAUCAUUCCGCUAGAGAAUAUUCAAGUUCGAGAGAUUCAAGACCGGCACAAACCACACUGUUUCGAAUUGUAUGCUGCUGGUUCCGAGUUUAUAAAAGCAUGCAAGACUGAUAGCGAAGGAAAAGUCGUCGAAGGGAAGCAUACGGUGUACCGAAUGUCUGCAGCUACUGAUGAAGAAAAAGAUGAAUGGAUCAAAUGCGUGCGACAAAGUAUAUCGCACAAUCCUUUCUACGAUAUGCUGGCAGCACGAAAGAAGAAGGCACAAAAAACAAAUGUACAUUCGAAGAGUUAAAUGCUGCCACGAGCCGAGUUUCGAGAGAAAUUCGGCGGAUGAGAAGACUGUUUAUUCGCGAUCCACGUACGGUAUCGUUGAAUAUAAUCAAAUUAUUGAUAACGAAAAUCCAUCGAGAAAGAAAAUGCCGAAAGUGUUAUGGAUUAUGUUAGACAGUAGUUAUCAGGCAAUGGUGCCGUGAUUAUUAAACGCUCUGUGUUUGUACAUAUAGAACGAAUUCUAAUGCCAUAUAGCAUUACUGUGGCAUCGUAAAUCGAAUACGAAAUAUAGAAUCGGCGCAAUGUAAGAUGGAUAUUUAGACGAACAUUAUAUUAAUGACAGUAUGAUUAUACGUCACAACAUGAUGCGAUGCUUGAUUGAUAUCAGUGUAAAAAGAAUCUUGCGCUAGAGAGGCUUAACUCUAUUUCCAUUAAUUUAAUGGAUAAAUUGCCUCUAUAUUCUUUCUGCAAAAGAGAAUGAUACAGAUAUGAUUUUGCAUAUAUUAGAAACCGAAAUUUUGAUUGUAAAUCGAGUAAAUGAUAACUGUAUCGUAUUAACAUCAAAGUAAUAUGUGAGCAAGGAAAUAUCGGCUUAUUUCACUUCAAAAUUGUUCUGAUAAAAGCGCUGAAAAUUAACGCUUUUAAUACACUUAUAAUGUCACAUCUGGCAAUAUAUUAUGUGAGAAUAACUUGUGUAGGAAACUAUAGUGGAGAAAACGGAACAUUCUUAUUUUUCGGCAGCUUUAAGACACCAUUGAUAUUCUACGUUAUUUCAGGAAGAUAAUAUUCAAAAUAUUUUGUAUAAAAUACAAGUACUAUCAUCUUGUAUCGUGCAAAUGAAAGAUAAGCCGUGAUUUCCAAUUAUAUAUAAAAAAAGCAUAAAGCCGAGGAUAACUUCAUGUGAUAAUUAUUCGUAUGUAUUUAUUUAAACAAAUAUGUACAAAAUAAAACUAAAUGAUAUGUUUUCUGAGCAUGA